AUGGUGAUUGGUAACAGCAGUUCCCGGGAACCUAUUACAGCAGAUGAUCUCGGUGUUGGAGGAGCCUUGACUGUUCUGAUGAAAGACGCUAUUCACCCUACACUCAUGCAAACGCUUGCAGGAACACCUGUCCUGGUUCAUGCUGGUCCUUUUGCAAACAUAGCUCAUGGAAACUCAUCUAUCGUUGCGGAUAAAAUAGCUUUGAAUCUAGUGGGACCGGGUGGGUUCGUGAUAACCGAAGCUGGUUUUGGUUUUGACAUUAUAACAGAGAAUUUCAUGAACGUUAAGUGCCGUUACAGCGGGCUAAAGCCUCAGUAUGCGGUUGUUGUGGCGAAUAUUAGGGCCUUGAAAAUGCUUGGUGGUGGGCCUGAUGUUGUUGCCGGAAGGCCUCUUGAUCACGCGUAUGUAAGCGAGAACGUUUCCUUGGUGGAAGCUGGUUGUGUGAAUCUUGCGAAGCAUAUAUCAAACGUAAAGGCGUAUGGUGUUAACGUGGUUGUUGCUGUGAAUAUGUUCUCAACGGACACUGAAGCAGAACUAAAUGCAGUAAGGAAGAUUUCGUUGGAUGCUGGUGCUUUUGAUGCUGUGGAUCUUGGCAUUGCGGUUGAAAAAGCUUGUCAAAACAUUACACAACCUCUUAAGUUUUUCUACCCAUUGGACAUUAGCAUCAAAGAUAAAAUUGAGGCCAUUGCCAAGUCCUACGGAGCCAGUGGUGUUGAGUACUCAAACCAGGCUGAGAAACAGAUUGAGAUGUACACUCAACAAGGUUUCUCCAACCUUCCUAUAUGCAUGUCGAAAACACAGUACUCUUUCUCUCAUGAUGAAUCGAAGGAAGGAGCACCUUCGGGGUUUGUGUUGCCGAUAAGAGAUGUAAGAGCAAGUAUUGGAGCUGGGUUCAUAUAUCCCUUGGUUGGUACAAUGAGUACAAUGCCUGGACUUCCGACAAGACCUUGCUUCUAUGAAAUCGACAUUGACACUUUCACUGGAAAAGUUCGUGGUCUUUCUUAA